AUGUGUGCGCAGUUCACUCGUGACUGGCUUCUGAAGGAGUUGCGCCGCCAUCAGUUGGAUUACAAAUGUUGUGUCGACCCGGGAGAAGGGCUAGCUGAUGAAAAGGAGGACGGUACAAAGACUGAGGAAGAUGAGGUCGGUCGAAAUGAGCGCGAAGACGCAAAGGAGGAUGACACGAAGACUGAUGAACAAGACUCGAGUCACCAUGAAGGCGAAAAAGACAAUGCAAAGACUGAUGAUGAAGAAUCAACUCACUAUGAGGACGACCCAAAGACUAACGUGGCGAUGGCGAUCCAGCACACUUUUGAGACGAAAAAGACGAUGACCCAAAGACUGAUGAAGAUCAGUGCGAUGCAAGUCACUACGAAGACGAAAACUGACGAACACGAGGCUAUCACCAAUGACCAUCAUGAGGAUACAAAGGAGGAUGAAGAUAAGGGCUAUACAAGCCAUGAUGAUAAAGACGAAGCCUCAGUGUUUGGAGACGCCGAUAAUGAAUUUGAAGUCAAGUACGAUGCAGAAGAGGUGAUGAUGGUCAUCUCCGUUUGUUCAGACGAUCCCGUCAGCUUACAAACACGGCCUACACAAGCGCAAAUGGACAUGAUGACGACGUUGUUCAGCCAACUACCUCAGUGGUUUCGACGUCUACAGCGUUUGGCGCAGCGUCGACAUACACAGACAACAAUCGAGUUGGCAAGGUCGUAA